UAGUUUCCGUUGGACCGGAAUAGACAAAAUCAUUUCAAAUCCCUCGACCGCUCCCAAUUGCAACUGUACUUAGCGCUGCUCAGACUGUACUCAAAGGAAAACCCAAAUUUGCCGACGAUGAGAGGAGCCGGGCGCCGUCGUGGAGGUAGAGAGUCAGCAGCGCCGGACCGUAGGCCCCCACCUCCCACUCCCACCGCGCUCAAUCCGAACGAUGCGUGGCAGUACACGUCGGCCGGAGGCGGCCGCGACUCGGACGCCAGCUUCGCCAGCAGCCGACCAUCCUCAUCGUCAAUUGGCUUAAACCCUCGCUCCUCCGGCGUCCCGAUCUCCGACCGGAACUACCAGCACUCUGCGAUCCGUGCGAUUAACGCCUUUCUCGCCUCUCACUCUCUCUCGUUCUCCCUCAAACCUCCGUUCCCUUCCGCCAAAGACAUCACCGAGACCAUCAAAUUCAUCCUCUCUCAAUUUGGCGUCACCAAGUUCCAGAAGGUCGAAGAUGACUUCCAGCACCUACUGAAAUCCCUAAAUUGCCCCGUCAAGGUGAACAAAUCUGCACUUCGUGCCCCUGGAACUCCUCAUUCCUGGCCCAGUUUGCUUGGCGCUAUCCACUGGCUAGUUCAGCUCCUCAUGUAUGACGAUAACCAGCUGAAUUCCACUCAGAUGCAGCUAACGUUCAUGGAGAAUCGGAUGUUUAGGUAUGUUCUCGAGAGUUAUUCUCAUUUCAUUACCGGAAAGGACGACGAAGUGGACAGGGUGGACAGUACUUUCAUGCAGGAAAUGAUGCAAGAAAAGGAAAGAGUUGCUGAAGAAAUGAUGGCAUUGGAAAGCAAUGCCAAGGAGUUGGAGGGAACUUUGGAGCGAUUGAAGACCGGGCCUUCGGAGAGGGAGGCGUUGGAGAAGGAGAAGAGUAUGUUGGAGUUAGAUGUGAAGAAAUUUCGCGAUAUGAUUGAGCAGUUGGAAGGGCGAAAAGUGGCAAUGAGUAAAUUGUUGGAGGAGAAGGAAAAAGGCUUGGAGAUUAAGAACACUGAGAAGGAAAGUAUUUUGAUUGAGAAUGAAGAGUUGAAGAAGAGGGUGGAGGAACAGGGAAUUAAUGCCAGGGAUGCUGAUAGGAUGAAGCGAGAAUUGCAGGCUUUGGAAGGAAAUAUUGCAGAGAUUGAGGCUGCAAGGAAUAAGUGGGAGGAGAAGGUUUGGGAACUAGACUCCAUGAUUGGACAGAAGUAUGAGAAACUCGAGGAGCUUAUGAUUGAGUGCAACCAAGCUAUCCGGAGGUUAAAACUAGGGAAUGCAUAUCAUUAUCAGUUGAAUGCAAAAGGGUCCUCGACCAGGGAGGUCUUAGGAAUAGACUAUAAAUCUAUCCUGAAGCCGGCACUUGCCUCCUUGGAGGAGGAAAUGAAGAAAAGUUCCAUGGAGAAAUUGGAAGGCUUGAUCUCUCUUCAGCAACAGUCCAUAGACAAGACUACUAAAAUUGAGGCAAAAAGGAAUCGUCUCACCACUCUUCAGGCCCACAUUGACGAGGUUGAAGGACAGUUGGACUUAAUGAGGAGGGAAACACUGGACUUCGCAUCUAGAUGUGCAACUGAAGCCAAAAAGAUGGCAGAGGAUAUUGCAGCAGAGGCUCAAAAUAUGGACCUUGUCGAGAGAGAGGCAGCAGAAUUCCUCAAGGCAUCAAAUGCCAAGUUGCAGGAAAUAAUCAUGCAAACCGAAGAAGAAAUCCAGCUCUGUGCUCGCGAACUCUUUGCUGUGGUGGAUUCAGUAUCAAAAUAUAAAGAGUACAUGGCCUCGAGGACCGCAAUUAUGAAGAAUGAUCUCAUAGAAACCUCUUGCAGCAUAGCGAAUAUUCACAAAGGAUCUUUGCCAGCACCAUUCCCAUUUGGGGUUGUAUCUGGUGUACUGGAUGCUAGCGUAGCAUCUAACAAUAAGUAAAUAUUUGUCUUUCUAAGCUUAGUAUUCUUUUGCUGUCUUAUCUUGAGGUCUGUGUAUUUCGCCUUGUGUUGUCAACAUUUUCACAAACAAAUGCUUAAUAUUACCAUCCUUUUAUUGGUUCUUCAACAA